CAAACAAACUGAUGCGUUUUACUCCUCUUCGCCCCCCGCCACUGGGAAGUGGGAGAUUCCGAGCGCCUGGGCCUGUGCGCGCGGCUGCCCGGGGACACGCAGGCAAAGGACGGAGCGCACCAACUGCCGGCGGGAGAGGGGGGUCAGCCGGGGAGUGAGCGAGGAAGGCGCGACCCUCAAGCUCCGGGGAGAUUUCUGUUCGGACCCUGGGAUCGGCGGCCUGUGCUUCCCUCCCAGCGCUUCUUACCGGGCCGCUAGGCCGUACGCAGACUGCCAGAUUCUGCGCGAUCACAACUCCACUGCACUUCAGAAUGGGGGUGAAGACGUUCACUCACAAUUCUCCGGCACAUAGCCAGGAAAUGUUGGGAAAACUGAACAUGUUGCGUAAUGAUGGACACUUUUGUGACAUCACUAUACGUGUCCAGGAUAAGAUUUUCAGAGCUCACAAGGUGGUCUUGGCAGCCUGUAGUGAGUUCUUUCGCACCAAGUUGGUGGGCCAAGCAGAGGAGAGUAGCCAGUGCAUACUGGACUUGCACCAUGUUACGGUGACAGGAUUUAUACCUCUAUUGGAGUAUGCAUACACAGCAACAUUAUCCAUCAACACAGAGAAUAUCAUUGACGUCUUAGCUGCUGCAAGUUACAUGCAGAUGUUUAGUGUUGCAAGCACCUGUUCAGAGUUCAUGAAGUCCAGUAUUUUAUGGAACACUCAACCAGAGAAAGUGCUCGACACAGGGCAGGAAAACACUGCCAACUGCAAUAAUUUUCGAGACGGUAGCCUUUCUCCAGUCUCUUCGGAAUGUAGUGUUGUAGAGAGGACCAUACCCAUAUGUCGAGAGUCCCGUCGCAAGCGGAAAAGCUACAUUGUCAUGUCUCCAGAGAGUCCUUUGAAAUGCAGCACACAAACAAGCUCUCCACAAGUGCUAAACCCUACACCUUCUUACAGUGAAGCACGGAGUCAGCCGGUAGAUUCAUCACAUGCCUUCCCUUGGACUUUUCCAUUUGGAAUUGACCGACGGCUUCAGCCAGACAAGGUGAAGCAGAUUGAGUCCAGAACAUUAGAAUUGCCAGGACCUUCUGAAGUUGCUCGAAGGGUAACCGACUAUGUUGCCUGUGAAAGCACUAAAGCCAAUUCUCCAUUGGUGAUGGAGGAUGACGUACGAGUCAAAGUGGAAAGACUAAGUGAUGAGGAGGUGCAUGAAGAGGUCUCUCAGCCUGUCAGUGCAUCUCAAAGCUCAAUGAGUGACCAGCAGACUGUUCCUGGAAGUGAACAAGUGCAGGAGGACCUGCUGAUUAGCCCUCAGUCUUCUUCCAUAGGCUCCAUCGAUGAGGGCGUUGGUGAAGGAAUGCCAACACUUCAGGGUGCCACAAGCGCCAAUGUCCACGCUGAUGAUGAUGAUCGACUGGAAAAUGUCCAGUAUCCGUACCAGCUAUAUUUGGCUCCCUCAACAAGCAGCACAGAACGACCAAGUCCAAAUGGGCCUGAUCGACCUUUCCAGUGCCCUACGUGUGGUGUACGUUUUACACGGAUACAGAACUUGAAGCAGCAUAUGCUCAUUCAUUCUGGAAUUAAACCAUUUCAGUGCGACCGCUGUGGGAAAAAAUUCACUCGGGCUUACUCCCUAAAGAUGCAUCGUCUGAAACACGAAGGUAAACGAUGUUUCCGAUGCCAGAUAUGUAGCGCCACAUUCACUUCCUUCGGGGAAUACAAACACCACAUGCGGGUUUCCCGGCACAUUAUCCGCAAGCCUCGGAUUUACGAGUGCAAAACAUGCGGCGCCAUGUUCACCAACUCUGGAAAUUUAAUCGUGCACCUGAGGAGCCUGAACCACGAAGCGUCAGAGCUAGCAAACUACUUCCAGAGCAGCGAUUUCCUAGUGCCGGAUUACCUGAGCCAGGAGCAGGAAGAGGCCCUUGGGCAGUAUGAGCUGGCAGAACAUAGCUUUGAAAGCAACUCCUCUGUGCAAAUGCCUGUCAUUUCCCAAGUUUCCUCCACGCAGAACUGCGAGAGCACUUUUCCCCUGGGGUCGCUGGGUGGACUGGCCGAGAAAGAGGUGGACGAGGAGGAAAUGGCAGAGCCCUCAAAACCCAGCUCCAUGGAAGAAACCGACAGAGAUGACACCCCAAAAACGGAGGUGGCUUCCAUUGCUGUGGAAUAGCUGAUACCUGCCCUGCAUCCCCAGACUUCAACCCCUGCGUAAUCUUUGGUUUUGUUUUCUUUCUUUGGAAAGUGCCUGUGUUUUGGUCAAUUUAUAGUUUACUUUAUAUUUUUAUGAGGAAACAAUCUAAGCAACUGAGGACAUUGGCAGAAUGCAAACCAUGUUUUCAUCUCACUAAUGCUAAUAUUCCUGGGAUACGUCACCGCACAUCAGCUGGCUUUCUGGGGACACUGAGUACAUCCCAGAGGUGGGUUUCACAAGCCAAUGGCUGAGCUCCUGGCUAUACCCAAUGGAUCCUUUGGCUGUUACCGUAUUACAGAGGAGCAAGUUCUUGUUAUGUUUUUACCAGUUUGUAUUGAGUUAAUGUUCUUCAUGUGAAAAUAUGCACAUGGCUCACACAAAGCCUUGGAUUUGAAGUAAUGUGAAUGUGUUGCUGUGUGCAGAUGUGUGUGGGGUUUAUACCAAUGUGGGUAAAUACCCUGCAGGCCUUUUCAGCAGAAACACCAUAAGCAUUAUGGGUUAGAGAACAGCAAGCAUUCUGUAAAGGAAGCUGGAAUAGCUAAACUGUCUCCGAGUGACCCUUCAUCGAGGCAUUAAAGGGGAUCUGUCACAUUUCUAGAUUGUGUUUUCCAGAGAAUUCAGCAUUAUUCAUUUAUGUAACAAGCAUAUGUAUGUAAAAAGGAAUACUUCUGCUGGCUGAACCAGGAUAAUUCUGUUUCAGGUGGUCACACUACUUACUUUUCCCAUGAUUUUUUGUUUGUGAAACUCUAAAAGAGGAGACCAGUCUGUUGGGAAUCAUGUGAAACGUAAGUCUAUUUGCAUUAAAUUCCCUGCCUUGCCUUUCCAGAAGACUGCUGUAGCUUUAAAGUAAAAAUACUUUAACCGAAAUACAAAAAUAACAAAAUCAUUUGUUUAUCAACAAGAGUGACACUUAAAAAAAAAAAAAAAACACAUCAGUUAUGGGACAAAUCCUCUUUAAUUCCUCUGGGUUUUAUUAUUUGAUUUUUAUUUAUUUUUUGCUUUCUUUCUCUUUUUAGUUACUAUUUUAGUUCCACAGGGGUGAGCACUGCGCAGUCCAUCUCUCUGGUGCUCUGAGGGAUAAUGCUAAAUGGCGGCCUACACUGAAGCGUGACAUUUUAUGGUGCGCUGGUUAACCCAUUGAAUGCAAAGGGCUGUGUAAAGUGAUUUGCUGCUCACCCCUUUGGUACUCAAAGAGUGAAGUGUUGUGAUUUUUAAUCUAAACAAUUACAUUAUCUUUCUUUUUUUCAGCGUUUUAAGCAGCAGUUGUUAGAGGUUAAAUUAUAUUAUUAUAAUGCCUCCGCUUCCCUAAGGAACUCUUUGACCAAAAUAUUUCACCAGCAAAAGAGAAAUCUAUCUGAUGUGUCCUUCUUAAUGAAUAGAUUUCUGAUUUAAUAUAUUGUAGUGAAUUUAGCGUGGAUGACUACAGAUAGCCCCACUGAUAUAUCCCAAGCAUUUGUAAACAUGACUGAUAAAUGCUGCAACAAAGCUGUUUGUAGCACAUUGAUGUAUUUUAGAUAUUACUUUUACAAAUUGUCAACACAAGAGCACAAGAUCCUCAUCAUCAGAAUGGACGAGUGAUACAAAGGACAUUGUGUGUGUCGAUUAAUCUGCAUUCACUAUUAACCAUGACCAGAGCAUGGGCAACUCCUGUCAUCCUUAUACAGCCUUUGGAGAAACUCCUGAUGCUGCACGCAAAGGGGUGAUAUUGGUUCCCUUACCCUUUCAAUUUGCACAGGGUCAAAGUUUUUAAUUACAUUUUAUGAUUAGGUCUUUAGAAACAGUAAUGGUUAUAUGCAAACUGGUCCCUCUCUUAAUGGGACACUCCACUGCUUAAAUGCAAAAAAUAAAAUAAAAUAACUGGUUAGUAGAUAGACCAAUGAAAACAUGCAUAAUUAUGCAUUUUGUCAUUGGGGUAUAUCUAAAAACAGUUUGCCAACACUACAGAUCUCUUUUAUGCUGCCUUUAUAAUCCCUACCCUUUACCCCCACCCAGACUUUCUGUGUCUGUCCAAUCACAGACUCCCCAAUGCAGCUCAAUGAGAAGUCUCUGCAAGGCAGGUGCUCUGGGCAAUUGCUGCCUCUUGAAUUUAUUUUCACCGAGCUAGGAAAAACAAGAAGUAAAGAGGGAAGUUAUAAGGUUCAUUUAUAAAAUUGACAAUUACCAUUGAAAUCUGUGCUUUUCAUAAAAUGAAAUGAGGACACGCUUUUCACACCUCAAACAUUUCAGCAUGCUGAAGCACUUCAAGUGUUUGGAGGGUCCCUUGAAAGGGACACUCCAGAUCCCCGAAGCACUUCAGCUUGUUGCUUACGCCCAGAGCACCUGCCUUGCAAAGACUUCUCAUCCAGCUGCAUUUAAAAGUGUGUGAUUGGACACCCACAGAAAGUCCGGGUGGGAUAAUAAUGGGAGGGUUUGCAAAAGCUGCAUGCGAGAUCUUUAGCUUUUACAAGCUGUUUAUAGAUCUAGCCCAAUAAAAAAAAAAAAAAAUAAUUAAAUGCUUGCUUGAUAUCAUUGGGAUAUAUCUACUAAAAAGUUAUUUUUCUUUAUUAUUGUAUUUAGAGUUUCCCUUUAAGGAAAUAUGCUUAUUUGUAGCUGAACAUUUUCAGCUUGUAG